AAAAAUAUAAACGGCAACACGACGCCAUAUUGUCCCGCCCCCCUCUCUUUCCAUUGGCCGGAUCCUGGGGUUUAGCGGAUAAGCCGUUCCCAUAAUGGUUUUCUAUUCGCUGAAGGUCGUGUCUGUCAUACCUUUUUACGUACGAAGGUAUGUCGGUGAUGUUUAUCUGUACCUUGAUGGUACCUUGAUUGUCCUCUCGUAAUAGGACAACAUAGUAAAUGUACAUGAACAGCAUAACAUAAAUGAAAUAUAGACUCAUGUAUGAAACGCCAACAAACCAUGCGCGUGGCCAAGUGGUUUUGUAGUGCAAAUAUGCGAAUUGCAGUAAUAAUAAAACUAAAUCAACGCGUAAUUACACAGCACUAAAACUCAACAAAAUUUAAUCUCUCUCUCUCUCUCUCUCUCUCUCUCUCUCUCUUUCUAGUAUAGACUACACUAACCCAUCUAAAAUGGAUGGACUCGACUUGACUAUAUUCUAACUUAACUUUAAACUUAAAUCCGGACCGUUUUAUGCCCAUAGAAAUCACGAGCUUUUCGAUUGGGUCGAGGUUUCAUAGACCAUUUGGCCACAUAAAAUAUGGAAAUAUGUAAAUCUGCGCCUCCAGCACCUGCAUGCAAAUGUCGCUCUGGCUGUGGAGCAAUCCGUCCCUGGUGAACCCGCAUCACCUCCCAUGGUUAAAGCGGUCAGUGUGCGCUGGAGGUGGAGGCGACGCCGCGUCCCCAGCGCGGUGCCACGAGGACGCAUGCUCCGUGCGUCUGCAGCCCCACCUGGGACCUGUUGCUCCGCUGUGGGUGUUGCUGCGUGGAACGGACGCCGGGCGUGGAUUUAGAGGAUGCUGCCUGCUGCCACCCAUCGCUACGGACACAGGUGCCAUGUGCGCAGAUCUCCCGUUUAGGAUCUAAAACCAAGCCGGAUGACACAACAAGAACAAGACCCGGACUCCACUUGACCGUGUCUGUUACUUCGAACAGUUCAUUGACUCGUUAAAUCGUUACACCACGGGAAAUGGGCAGAUUCUGCAAAUGCAAUGGGAGACUGCUGUGCAUGUGCAUGCUGCCUUGUAUGAUGACCUGCCACCUUCUCAUUUACAUCGCCGUCUCCAUAUUCGUCACCAUCUCCUACUCUCCCCCCAAGAUAAACCUCCACUAUGUCGCCCCGGGGGUCACCGCUAACUCCUCCGCGUUGUCCUCGCACCCGCGUGGACCCUUCUGGAACCUGCGUCUCGAGGACAGUGCGCUGUGGAACCAGUUGCAGCACGUGUGGGACCGUCGGCACAACCCGUUACUGCGCGGAAACCGAACCGGGCUGUUAAAGCCAAACGCCAAGACUCCAGACGCCGAGGAUGAAUGUGUGUCCGACUGUGAGUCACACAAGUGUUCAGUCCCUGCGAUGCUGGAUUUCAGCAGCCUCCCUGAGCACAUGAAGGCAUUUGUCACGGCCAUGCACUGCAGGGAGUACCCGCUGCUCAUCAAUCAACCAUCUAUGUGCAGGAGGAACAACAGCAGCGCAGACCUGGACACCCCCAUGCUCCUCAUCGCAGUCAAAUCCCAGGUGGGGAACUUUGAGAACCGACAGGCCAUCCGCGAAACGUGGGGCCGCGCUGGGUUUGUGAAGGGGGAAACCAGUAGGAAGGGGGGCCUGGUGCGCACAGUGUUUCUACUGGGGAGGCAGGAUUCGAGCACGGGCCCCCACCCAGACCUGAAGAACCUCCUGGACCUGGAAAACCAGAAGUAUCAGGACAUCCUGCAGUGGGAUUUCAGAGACUCCUUCUUCAACCUGACCCUCAAAGACUUGCUGUUCUGGAGUUGGCUCCAGAAACACUGUCCCACCGCCGUCUUCGUGUUCAAGGGCGACGACGACGUCUUCGUGCGGACGGGGGCCCUGCUGGAUUACCUGCACAAGGAGUGGGAGGAGCACAGCCUGUGGAGAGCCUAUACAAAUGAAAGCCAAAUGAAUCUGAUUGUGGGGGAUGUGAUCAACAACGCGAUGCCCAACCGCGAACCGUCCACUAAAUACUACAUCCCCGAGCGUUUCUACCAGGGCGUGUACCCCCCCUACGCCGGGGGGGGCGGCGUUGUGUACUCAGGCUCACUCGCACUGCGGUUGAAGGAGGUGUCGGCCAAGGUGCGCCUUUUCCCCAUCGACGACGUGUACCUGGGCAUGUGCCUGCACAAACUGGGCCUCUCGCCGAGGCACCACCCGGGGUUCCUGACCUUCGACCUCCCGGCGGCCGAGCGGUGGAACACCUGCGCGUACAAAUCGGUCCUGAUGGUGCACAGACGCAGCCCCAAGGAAAUGCUGGCGUUGUGGAAGCAGCUCCAGGAUCUGUCCAGUCAGUGCUGAGGCUCGUUUGCAUGUCAAAUCGGAUCCACUGAGUGCAGGGUGAAGAUGGAACCGCACUCAUUUGGGCCACGCGAUGCAGCUUCAUGUCAAAGGGCAGCAACGCUGGGGCCACAUGUAACACUAAGACGCUCAUCUACCUCAAGGGGUACUUUCAUUUUGAGGCUUUGCAGAUUAAGGACCUGUCCUGACACCUUAUGAAUCCAGGAUGUGUUUGGACGCUUGUAAAUACUCUUCUUUCUUUAUUUUACUGUCAUGUGAAGAAACCCCUGUGUUAUUGUAUCCUAUAUGUUGAUCAAAUGCAUCUAAUCCUUAAGUCACGCUAGUUUUCAUGUGAGACCUUUAAUGACUUGGACAUUGACUUUGAAAGUUAGCAUUGAUCUGGAACAGCACAUGGUAACUUUUAAAAUUGCCUGUCAUUCACACUUUGUAAAGAAAAAACUUAAUAACCACAUCAAACAGAAUGAGUCACAAUGAAUAUCAACAACUCUCAAAUGAUUCUUGCCUGAACCUGAAGGGAGGAAGCUUCUUGCAGCUGUGACUGUUACCAUCAUUGCCAUGAACUGUAAUAUUUUUAGUCAAUAAAUAAUUCUAUGAAAAAUAAUUUUUGUUUUGUUUUGUUUAUUUUUUUAAAUGAACGUGAGCUGAGACUAAUUAGAAGCUGACCUUUGCUUACAAUAAUGAAAUCUCCAGAAAAAUACUGAAAUGCUUUUUCCAUCCCUGCUUCACAUAAAUGUGCUCUGCUUUGCAUGCAAUUGUUUAAACAAGCAUGGUAAAUGUGAUGUUCCAUGAUGGUUGUGGUAUGAUGGUAUGUUUUGUGCAGAAUGCAAAAUGACUUGUGUUGUAUUUGGAUGGCAAAUUUAAUGAGGAGAAAUAAUAGUUGUAGGAGCAAAACCAAAGCAUGGAUUUGUGUGUGUAUAUAAAAAGCAUAUAGAAAGUGUGUGUGUGUGUGUGUGUGUGUGUGUGUGUGUGUGUGUGUGUGUGUGUGUGUGUGUGUGUGUGUGUGUGUGUGUGUGUGUGUGUGUGUGUGUUUGUGUGUGUGCGUGCAUGCAUGCGUGCGUGUACUUGUAGUUACAUCAAAGUG